GCGCGUUGCCGGGGAACGAGCGCCUUUUCCUUUCGGGCCGGUGGGAGAAUGACUCAAGAUUUUACAGACAAUGGGCUAUAAGUACCCUGAUGAGGUUUUGUGCAUGGAGACAUGCUGCUUGCUAUGGCAUCUGAGACUGAAAAGGCCCAUGCUCUUCUCAAGUUGUUCAGCACAGCAUCUGUUAUUUCAAGCCUAGGACUGGGGAUUUUCUGCUUUGUAGCAGAUCGACUUCUGCAAUUUUCUUUCAUUCAGCAAACUUACUGGCUGCGGGCACUGUCUGAUAACAUGGUGCAUGGUGCUAUAGGAUUGUGGUCUUGGGCAAUAGUGAUUGGACUCAAGAAAAAAAGUGAUUUUACAGAAGUAAUUUUAGCUGGUUUCCUCUCAUCUGUGAUUGACGUGGAUCACUUUAUUCUAGCUGGCUCUCUUUCACUAAAGGCUGCCCUGACUCUUCCCCAAAGACCAUUUCUUCACUGUUCUACUGUGAUUCCAGUUGUGUGCCUGAUGUUAAGAUUUGCUAUGCAUCUUCUAAAGCUGAAGGAUUCCUGGUGCUUUCUUCCUUGGAUGAUGUUUAUCUCCUGGACUUCGCAUCAUAUUCGAGAUGGAAUACGUCAUGGCCUGUGGAUCUGCCCAUUUGGAAAGACAGUUCCCCUGCCUUAUUGGCUUUAUGUGGCAAUCACAGCAACUUUACCUCAUCUCUGUUCUUUUAUUAUGUAUUUAACUGGAACAAGAGAACUGAUGUCAAUAAAACAUGGGAUCCAUAUUGAUGUGUAGGGGUAUUGUAGAUAACUAUAGCCUUGAAAACAAUUUUCUCCUCAUUACUGAAUUAGGUCUAAGUUGAUGUUACAUAGCCUUAUUGAAACAGUAUCGAUUUCCUGGAGUCACUGCUGCACAAGGUAUUGUGACUGGUUCAUGGACUAUUUAUUUGUAACUCAUUUUUUAGAUUUUGUUGUUGUUACCUGAUUUUUGUUACAUAGGUGUAAAUAGCUGCUGGUCUCAGUCAUAUUGUUCCUCUUGCCUGUAACAAGUGGCUAAACCCCCUUCUAAUUCAUGAAUUCUGGUUUCAGGAAGCAAACAAAAUCGCUUCUCUGACUCAGCAUCUGUUUAACAUUGGGACUAAAGGGCUUAUAGAGGCAGUUACUGUAGACUUCUAGGCAGUAGAUACCCUCUGCUCCCAUAUAAAAUUGUCUUGAAAGAUGGAAAAAAUGGAUAAAAUGGUGCCUGUUCCAGCAUUACUUAGAAGUUCUUCUGUAUCUUCUGCUUUAGGUAUUUACCGUAGAUAUCUUCAGCUAUAUCUGCAGCAUUUUGAAUAUAUGAACAACAUUGCUGAUACAGGUUAAUAUUAUUCAGCACUGUACAUUAUUUAGAAAAAUACAACAGUAGUGAUAUUGCACUUUAUUGAAAAUAGAAGGCAAGAAAUAGGAAGCUUCGGAGCUAAUAAAGCCAGCUCCCUAAAAACUACAUUUUGGUAGGGUUGUGCAAAGUAUUCAGAAGAGAUCCUUUGCCAACAUGUAAGUAUACAAAAUAAGUUUUUUUUAAUCAUUAAAGCAGCCACAUAUUUUGCAAGGCUUGCUCAUUAAAAGCUAUCUCUGCUUGUCUACGUAUGUGCAUUCACAGACAAUACUAACAGUGGGACCACCAGCAAAGUAAAAUGGCUGUCCAUGCACAUGCACACUGAGAAUAACCGGGAAUAGGUUUCAAAGCAGCUGCACCCAUAUUGCAAAAGACACGGCUGUCUCAGCUGUUUGAAGAGUGGUGCUUCAUUUAUGUUCUCAUGAAUGACAUUACAUGCAAAUUAAUACUACCUUUUGAAUAUUUUGCACUGUCCUCCUUUAUGUCUCUAAUUUCUUAGGUAGAAGAGAGAUGGGGUGGAUGAGUAGGAUAUUAUGUAGUAGCAAGCAAAAUAUUUUUGCCAGUUGAGAGAUCUUACUUGUUUAAUAUUCUUAAAAAUUCCCAGAGUCGAUUUUUGUGAGAUGGGCGGCCAUAUAAAUGUGAU